GAGCCGGCGAACGGCGGGAUGUUCGCGGCGCCGCACCCUGGGCGCUGAGACCAAGCCUGCUGGACAGUGGCAUUCCUUUCUUUUGAAGCUUUUUGGCUGUUGGAUACACCGAUGUGACCCCCCCCCCCCUUAUACUUUUUGGAAUGAUGGGGAUCUUUUUGGCAUAUGUUGGAUUUGUUUUCUUUUCCGUUUUAUAUGUACAGCAAGGGCUUUCUUCUCAAGCAAAAUUUACCGAGUUUCCGCGGAAUGUGACAGCAACAGAGGGGCAGAAUGUGGAGAUGUCCUGCGCUUUCCAGAGCGGCUCCGCCUCGGUGUACCUGGAGAUCCAGUGGUGGUUCCUGCGGGGGCCGGAGGACCUGGAGCCUGGGGCCGAUGUGGCCGGGGCACAGGCUGAGCUGCUGCCAGACCGGGACCCCGACGGAGAUGGGACCAAGAUCAGCACAGUGAAAGUCCAAGGCAAUGACAUCUCUCACAAGCUUCAGAUUUCCAAAGUGAGGAAAAAGGACGAAGGCUUGUAUGAGUGCAGGGUGACCGACGCCAAUUAUGGAGAGCUUCAGGAACACAAAGCCCAGGCCUACCUAAGAGUCAACGCCAACAGCCACGCCCGGAGGAUGCAGGCCUUCGAGGCCUCGCCCAUGUGGCUGCAGGAUGUGAAGCCCCGCAAGAAUGUCUCCGUGGCAGCUCCCAGCAGCAUGCACAGCUCAGCCAACCAGCGAGUGCCCUCUACUUCCAGCCCUCAAGAGGUAGCCAAAAUCCCCAAACAAAGUCCACAAUCAGGUGCGAGGAUAGCUACAAGCCAUGGACUUUCUGUCCUGCUUCUUGUCUGUGGCUUUGUGAAGGGUGCUUUGCUUUAGUCUAAAGUGCUGACUUUUUUCCAAUAUCACUUUCUCUUCUUAAAGCAAAGAGCAAAUCGCCUGUAAAAUCUACGGAGCGGACAGCAAAGUUGACCCUAAACUCCAAGCACCACUCUGCACCCACUGUACUCUAAUUACGUACACAAGGAGCGCCUGCUUUCGGAAGCAUAAACGAAGAGGCUAUCUCACGCUUUGUUCAUAACAUUUUCUUGGGCAAAUCGCUGAUCUUUCAUUUCAAGAGAAUUAGUGUGAAGUGAUAGAACAUUUUCUAAUAGCAAGAUCUAUAUUUUUCCUUUUCUUUCUGCUACUCAAAGCAUCAUCUCACUGACUGCUCAGGGGUUGGCCUGACCGUCCUCGGUAUAGUGAAUAUUUACCACAGACACCACUGAUUUUCUACUACAGACCCAUUAUCUGCACAAAGUAAGCAGAGAUCAAAAGGCUACAGAACAUAAACUAUCAUCAAACAAAACCCCUGGCUGGGGGCAAGAACAAAAUUUUCAACACUGCGAGUCAACAACAUUAUUUUAAAUAAGAAAUAAUAAUUUAAGAAAUAAAAUUUUUAAAUAAGAAACAAUAAAAGAGAUUUUUUUUUAAAUUUUCCCCAUUUUCUUGGGUUCGUCUCCUUUUUCUUGAUUGUAGUUCUUAUUCCAUGCUGGCAAAUGCUGAUUAUGGCCAAUCCCUGUAAAUCCUGGGAGGUUUAUAUGAAGACAUUUUAAGCAUUCUUUAUUCCAGUGCAUUUUAAGUCAUUUUGCAAUUCUUGUAUACGCAAAUGACAAAUUCUGUAAAUUGCUUAUAGUAUGUGUGAUACAACUUCAAAGUAGAUAGACUCUGAGCCUCAUGAAAGCUGAUUUUUAUCAUUCUCUAUAUAAAUAUAUACAAAUAAAUAUCUAUAUGUUGGACCAUCAA